AUGGAUGCGGACGAAGAUUACGAUGAUAACGACUCACAAGAGUACGACGAAUACAGAAACAGGCGUGAUCACUGGAUUUUGAUUGAUUACGACACGAAUUUGUUGCCGCCGCCGCCGGCCGUGUACGGCAUUGAUUAUUUAAUCCACAUUAACAAAGGUGAGGACAGGACAGUGGCCGAUGUCAUAGCUGCAAAAGUUAACGUAUUCUGCGUGGUGAAGACAGUGGCCGGUCGGCAUGAGUUCAGGGCGCGGCGUGUGAAAGAAACCUGGGGCAAGAGGUGUGACAAGCUGCUGUUCUUGAGCACGGCGCCAGAUGAAUAUCUUCCAGCUGUCACCCUUAGCACGGAGGAGGACAAGCUUUGGGACAGAGAAAGGGAGGGAUUCGAAUACAUAUACCAAUAUCAUGUUGACAAAGCAGACUGGUUCCUCAUGAUAGACGAUAACACAUACGUUAUAAUGGAAAAUCUGAAAUACAUGUUAUUGAGCCACUUCAGUUCAGAGGCAGUAUAUUUCGGCUGCGCACUUGAAGAUAUACAAGAGAAGAGGCUAGCAUUUGAUCCGGGAUACGUUUUAAGCAAAACUGCAAUAGAGAAACUAGCCAAGAGAUCACAUCUAUGCAAUUCUACAUCAGAUUUACUAAUCGUUGUUUUGGGUGAAUGUGUCCGAACAUUAGACAUUAAAGCGGUUGAUUCUCGUGACUCCGUGGGUCGUGGUCGGUUAAUUCCUUUCAAACCACCAGAAUUGAAAAUGGCUUCCGAUGGCGCCUCAGACUACGCAAUAUCAUUCCACAACGUGACCCACAGUUACCUUAACUUGAUGGAAUUCUUCGUGUAUCAUCUAAGACCCUUUGGAAUUGUCGCCAAUUAUACACUACCAGAGUCAGUUUAAAAAUAAAGAAACUCUUUAAAGUAAUCUAUACUAUUAUUAUAAUGCUGAAGAGUUUGUUUGUUUGAACGCGCUAAUCUCAAGA